CAGAAUCCAACAGUAUACUUCAUCCGCAAUCUUCCAAUUGCUAUACGGAGGCUCGUACUGUGCUACAAUGCCUCUGAUUACCCAGAAUCCAAAGGACCGUGUCAUUCUCGGUUUGAUGACAUUUGGCCCUGACGAAUCCGCCGGCGCGCGUAUAACCGACUUUAAAGACUACACCAAAUGUCUUGACUACUUCCAAUCGCAAGGUUACAAUGAAAUCGACACCGCCCGGGUGUACGUUGGCGGCAAACAAGAAGCCUGGACAAAGGACGCAAAAUGGAAAGACCGUGGUCUAACUCUCGCCACAAAAUGCUAUCCCUAUGAACCUGGCGUUCACAAGCCCGAGCGACUAAAAGAGCAUGCGUACAAGUCAUUAAGUGAAUUGGGUACAGACUCGGUGGAUAUCUUUUAUCUGCAUGCGCCAGACCAUUCAGUGCCGUUUGAGGAGACGCUCCGAGCGGUCAAUGAGUUGCAUAAGGAAGGGAAGUUUGUGGAGUUGGGGUUAAGUAAUUUUGCGGCGUGGGAGGUUGCAGAAGUAUACAACAUUUGUAAAGAGAGGGGGUGGGUAAAGCCAACGAUAUAUCAGGCCAUGUAUAAUGCGAUCACGCGAUCGAUUGAAACUGAGCUGAUUCCCUGCUGCCGAAAGUACAGGAUCGACAUCGUGAUCUAUAAUCCUCUUGCUGGCGGUAUCUUCUCCGGCAAGUAUAAGACCAAAGAUAUCCCAGUCGAAGGUCGAUACUCUAAGACCUCUGAACGCACCGGGGCAAUGUAUCGCGACAGGUACUUCAAAGAUGCUACGUUUGAGGCAUUGAGGAUAAUCGAGCCUGUGGCUCAAAAGCACAACCUGACAUUAUUGGAGAUCGCUCUACGCUGGUGUAUCCACCAUUCGGGACUCAAAACGAGAGCUAAGGGCGGAAAUGAUGGAGUUAUCAUCGGUGUGUCCAGCUUUUCUCACUUAGAAGGCAAUCUGAGAGAUCUGGAGAAGGGCGCCUUGCCAGACGAGGUUGUGAAGGCGCUGGAUGAGGCGUGGAUGAUUACGAAGCCAACUACACCAAACUACUUCCGUUGAUCUGUGCCGCGUCCGCUAGCAUAUCAACACUUACUACAGAACGGGACUAGGGGUAGACUAGAUCUAUCAAUCCUCUUGGUAAAAUUAGAGAGAGCUCUAAAG